AGAAGCGGAUGCACUGGAUGGGAACUUACCAGAAGAGAGCUGUGAUUUUUCUUUUUUUUUUUUUUUUUCCUUCUCCCCUCAUACCUUCCCGUCUUGAAGGACGCGACAGUGCUUUUUUUAUGGACAACACUUGCUUAGCCGUGUGAAUUGUAAAUACCGAAUCAGCAGAAGAAGGACGCAAUUUCGGGGACCUACACACACACACACACACACACACACACAAAAAGGAGUUGCCACAGCAGCUAGCGCAAGGGAGCGGAAACGUCCUCAUGGUGUGUUUCUCCAGUUGCCCACCCGUCGCAGUGUGUCUCACCCUCCCAAACCGAGAUGUCCAUCGCCAACACGCCCACCAGCAACGACGCCUGCCUGAGCAUCGUGCACAGCCUGAUGUGCCACCGGCAGGGCGGCGAGAGCGAGAGCUUCGCCAAGCGGGCCAUCGAGAGCCUGGUGAAGAAGCUCAAGGAGAAGAAGGACGAGCUUGACUCGCUCAUCACCGCCAUCACCACCAACGGCGCCCAUCCCAGCAAGUGCGUCACUAUCCCCAGGACGCUGGACGGACGACUGCAGGUGGCCGGACGCAAGGGUUUCCCACACGUGGUCUAUGCCAAGCUGUGGCGCUGGCCCGACCUGCACAAGAACGAGCUGAAGCACGUCAAAUACUGCCAAUACGCCUUCGACCUCAAGGCCGACAGCGUGUGCGUCAAUCCCUAUCACUACGAGCGGGUGGUCUCACCCGGAAUCGACAUAUCCGGACUGAAUCUCACGGGCUCCAGGCCCGGCUCGGCGCUGAUGGUCAAAGACGAGCACGAUUUCGACGGCCCCCAGAGCCUGCCCGCCAUGGACGAGGGCCGCUCCAUGCAGACCGUCCAGCACCCUCCGUCGGGGGGCCGCCCUGGACCCUCCGACUUAUUCGCCCCCACCAACAUGCUUCCGCCCGCCGAGGCGUCCACCUCCGCCUCCACAUCGUCGUUCCCCACUGUCGCUACAGGAUCGGCUAGUGGCAACACUGUCUGGUCAAGGAACAGCAGCUUCACCCCCAACACGCCGCACCACAGCAACGGUCACCUGCAGCACCAUCCCCCCAUGCCGCAGCCGGCGCACUACUGGUCAGUCCACGAUGAGUUUGCCUUUCAGCCGCCCAUAUCUAACCAUCCUGCUCCGGACUACUGGUGCUCCAUCGCCUACUUCGAGAUGGACCUGCAGGUGGGCGAGACCUUCAAGGUGCCGUCGUCGUGCCCCGUCGUGACCGUGGACGGCUACGUGGACCCGUCGGGCGGCGACCGGUUCUGUCUGGGCCAGCUCAGCAACGUCCAUCGCACGGAGGCCAUCGAGAGAGCCAGGCUUCACAUCGGCAAAGGCGUGCAGCUGGAGUGCAAAGGUGAAGGCGACGUGUGGGUGCGCUGCCUCAGCGACCACGCCGUCUUCGUGCAGAGCUACUACCUGGACCGCGAGGCCGGUCGAGCGCCCGGGGACGCCGUACACAAAAUCUACCCGAGCGCUUACAUCAAGGUGUUCGACCUGCGUCAGUGUCACAGGCAGAUGCAGCAGCAGGCGGCCACCGCUCAGGCGGCAGCUGCUGCGCAGGCGGCCGCCGUGGCCGGAAACAUCCCCGGACCGGGCUCGGUGGGAGGCAUCGCACCCGCCAUCAGUCUGUCAGCAGCGGCCGGCAUCGGCGUGGACGACCUCCGACGCCUGUGCAUCCUCCGCAUGAGCUUCGUGAAGGGCUGGGGGCCCGACUACCCUCGGCAGAGCAUCAAGGAGACGCCGUGCUGGAUCGAGAUCCACCUGCACCGCGCCCUGCAGCUGCUGGACGAGGUGCUGCACACCAUGCCCAUCGCAGACCCUCAGCCGCUCGACUGAACUCGCCACAAGAGAUGGGACUCUUUUUGCUUUUCGGUGUUCUCGUUCUCUUCAGGUGGGUUUUGACUUUUGACGGUGCUGUAGUGUGAACUCAAAAUAAUGCAUAUCAUCUGAAAGGACAAAAUGUGGCUCCAUCAGAUUGCUGGACUUAACCAGAGUGCUGCGUUUGCCACAAGAGGAACAUUUGUGGCUUUUAAUAAUUUUUUUUUUUAAACCCUUACUCUGGGAUUUAGUUGGUUUUAUAAUUGCUGUUUUACCAGCCACUUCAUUAGGUACACAUGUACCGUAUUAAAAGGCGCAGUCUCAGUUACGGGGUCUAUUUCUGUAUUUAACACAUACAUAAGGCGCACCGUAUUAUUGGGCGCAGGCAUGGUCAAACAUACGCUAGCUUAAAACAUACGGUAGCAUGCAUACACGCUAAAACAAUGUUUUUAAAAAGGCAACGGGAGCAAAACUGAGUUCGGUUGUACUUUAUUGAAGUAUUUAACAAUGUACUCAGGUUAUUUUUUGAUCAAUCCUCAUCUACAAAUCCAUCAAAGUCCUCAUCUUCUGUAUCCCAAAUGAACAGCUGGGCAAGUUCUCCAUCAAACACGCCAGGUUCCCUCUCGCCAUUGUCGGAGUCGGUCUCGUUGCCGUGCGGCUCCUCAGAAAUGAUGCCGGCUUGAUGCAAGCAUACACGUUAGCCCAAGCAUCCACAAUCCAUUCACAAAUGGUGGCGUAACUCGCCCGCCGCUGCCUCCCAGUCUUAGUAAAGCUGUGUUCGCCCUCUCCCACGCCGCUCGCAACUUCACUUUGAACGCCCCGUUUACACGGAUGUCCAGCGGUUCGUCAAGCCUCCCGGAAUGAUGGCAAGCUCCGAGUUAUUGCACUCAGUCCAAUGGUGACUGUAGAGACGCUUCUCCCGGCUGUUCUUUGCUACUUAAUCCAUUGCCACCUCGUCUUGCUUCCGCGGAAACUCAGCUUCGUCUUCUUGACUUGGCGAUGCUCGUUUUCCUGCUUCCUCCACUUGCGAACCACGCAUUCGUUGAUCUUGAAUUCCCUCGCGGCUGCUCGAUUCCCAUGUUCCUCCGCGUAACUGAUAGCUUGCAGUUUAAACUGUGCUUCGUAAGCGUGUCUCUUCGUAGGUGCCAUUUUCGGGGGUCCUUAGCCAAACCGAUGCACAUACCGGAACUAUAUACUUACUGAGGGCGUGUCUUUAUUGUCCCCCGUCACACGCACCCUUUACGUCCGCAUGCUGUCCUCAGUCACGUCUGCCUUCCUCUAUGUAAGCAGCGUGUCGACAGGAAAUGCUCCCAGUCAGUCAAGCGGAGCGCUCAUUAAAGUCACACAACAACAUUAACAGAUUUUGGAACUCGGUGCACAAAUAAGGCGCCCCGUCCAUUUUGGAGAAAAUUUCAGACUUUUAAUUGCACCUUAUGGUCGUGAAAAAUCUAACAUCAGUUAGUUAUAUAUUUUCAGAUGUAUGGUAAGGAGUAUUAAGGCCACAUUGUAAAGGACAAAAAAAAAAGUAUAACGAGAAUAAAGUCAAUUAUUUUUGAAUAAAGAUGGGGUUUUUUUUCUUAAGGUUGGUUUGUUGCACAAUAAAUUAGAAGUUAACAAGGGGGGGAAAUAAUUGUGGGUGAAAGUCAUAAAAUUGGAAGAAUAGUUGGAUAUUUUCAACUACAAGUUAUGUUAUGAGGACAAAGUGGCACUAUUAUGAGAAGUUUGAAUGUUACGUGGAAAAGAGACAAACUUAGAUCAGUUGAAUUGUAUCAGAGUGAAAGGCUCAACACUGAAUAGAAAAAAAAGGUAUCCGAGAUUGAACUUGUAAUUAUUUUAGGUGGAUUUUUUUUUCCCCUCGGGAAAUAAAGCAGCAAUAUUAUCAGAGGAUUAUAACGGGGAUUUAGGGGAGAAAAGUUGUAAAAUUGUAAGAAUAGUCGUAUCUUUAUAAGGAAAAAGUAAGACUAUUAGGAGAAAAAAAGAUUUUGAUCAGGCUGAAAUGCGCAAUAAGUUGACAAAAAAAGGUUACAGUUGGAAAGUGUUUUCCAAAAAGUCUUUUUUUUUUUUAAUGGUUGUGUGUGUGUCCCCAAGAUGUAAAGGGGUAAUAUUCCAAAAAUACAAUCAUUUUACAAGAGUACUAUAAUGAGAAUGAAGUUGGGAUUUUACAAUUACUGUAUAUGAAAGUUGUAUCCUAUUGAGAAAAGACUAAUUUGUUGAGUUAUCAUGUUGCGAGAAUUAAAUUAGAAUUUGAAGAUAAAAGUGGUAAUAAAAACACAAUAUUACGAAAGUAAAUUGAUUUGGGAGCAAAAAGUGCAGUGCUGCACCGCAGACAUUUGUAGUAUGAGAAUGUUAAUCUUAUGAGGGAAAAAAAGGUAUGAGGUCAAAUGGGAUGAAAGAAUUUUAUGAUAAAAGGUGUAAUUUAUUGAUUUUGAAUUUAUGUGAAAAAGGGAGUAAUAUUACGAGUGUAAGGGUUAGUUACGAGAAGGGAGUAAUAUUACAAGAAGUCAACAAAUGGUAAAACAACGAGAAGAAAGAAAAGCGAGUGUCAUUUUAGAAAAAAAGGUAAUGUGAUGAAAGUUGAGUUAGAAUUUUGAGGAAUCAAUGAAAAACAAGUGUAAUGAGAAUUACAGAAGGUGGUUUUAUUUGUAAAGGCAGAGUUUAACAUCUCGUUAAGAUUGUGUACCUAAUGCUGUGACAAAAUAGUAGCUGUAAAUCUACAUUUCCCAGCCAUUUUGAUGCUUUUCUUUUUUUUUUAACCGUUUUAUGAAAUGAAUUUUAUGUGUUUAGCACUUUGACUUUUUUAGCUGUGUAUUUGUAUUGGAACACUAAAGAUGCGAUUUUUGUUUUUCUACCUUUUCACCAACAUAACACACGAUGUUCCUGUUGUGGUUAGUCGGUUGUAUUAUUUUGUAAUCACUUGUGUAUGUAAAUAGAAAUAUAACCUUUGUAGUGCAUGCUGAUGUCAGUGAUCCCACAUUUAAACUCAAGUCACUAUUACAUGAAUAAAUCAAGUCAUCAGUGAUACAAACGA